GUUGUGUUUAAACCAUUGAACCUUAAACAUGACCUUUAUAAUUGAGGUCGAAUAAAUUCAAUCGCUAAUUUUCUUAUCGUGGGACACUUCGGCCUACACUGUAAAAUGAGCACCACGUGGACUACAUUCAUAACUCUAACUUGUUUACUGACAAGUUCCUCAUCGUACAACGCUGGAAGCGAUUCAGCUGAUACUCCAUUCUAUGUCAUUAAGGAUAGAGAUUCGUACUGCCUUCUUGCACGUUUUAAUCUAUCCGUGGAUAUCCACUAUCCUAAACAGGACGGCACUACAGGACACGAAGCAUUCGAACUGAAGGCAAUCAACAUCUCGAGUGACAGUAGGUGCGGUGCACACGAGACCAAGUUGAGCUUGGCUGCACGGCCAAACGGAAGCGCUGAAGACUGGCGGAUCUGGUUCACAUUUGUCAAAACUCUGUUUGACAUUCAAUUAUACUACUCUAUCGGGACUAUCAGUUUUACUUACGUGGCUGAGCCAUCACUUUUACCUGACAUAGCAGUUCACGGACUGCAACACUUGAAUUCAUCCGAUUCGUUGUUCAAAGCUCCGUUAGGCACUUGCUACAAAUGCGAAACUGAGAGAAGUGUUUCGCUACAGCAGCAAAGCGGCGGUAAAAGCACUGCCAUACUCCGCAUAUCCUCUGCAAAAAUUGAAGCGUUUACGAAUUCAUCAACAGGAGCGUUUUCUGACAAGGUUACUACCUGCAGUGCUGAUGCAACCGAAGACAAUAUUGUGCCAAUCGCUGUGGGAAUCACACUGGCGGUUUUGAUCGUGACUGCUCUUGUGGUGUUCAUUAUUUUCAGUCGCCGAAACAGACGAUUCUACGACGCUACCUGACAUGUGUCUUCUAGAACCAGCACAACUAAAACUCACGAAAGACAAAUUGGUGUCGGGAUACAAUUUUUGCAUUGACAUUGCCAGCUGAUUUAUUUCUCUAUGUUGUAGUUAUUUUCAGUUGUCAACCGUCAUUCUGCGCGCUAUCGUGCCUAUUCUUGAAGCCCAUCUCAUCAUGGAGAAACGCUUCCCGGUAUCAUCAAAACGGAACCUAUAUACAUUAAGCAACCACUGUCUUCCCGCGUAUUUCUGGUUCCAACACUUCACCCAAAUUUCUUGCAUUCCUGUGCACGUGAAUAAAGGUAGAACUAUUUUUAUACGCAUCUGCUUGCAAGUACAAGCUUUAGACUGCUGUUUUAUAAUACAUACCUUCGUUGCAUCUUGUCAGUCUUAAUAAUUCUUUUAAUACGGCAUUGCUAACCCUGA